AUGUCUUGCUCUACGAAGCCUGAAUACUUCCAGAGUCUGAGCCUUCUGCAGUGGCCCUUGAGCUACCUUGCCAUCUUUUGGAUUGUGCAGCCAUUGUUCAUUGGCCUAUUGUUCACACCCUUGUGGCUGCUACCAACACUUUACUUUGUCUGGUUAUUUCUGGACUGGAAGACUCCAAAUCAAGGUGGCAGGCGUUCAGCCUGGGUAAGGAACUGGAAUGUCUGGACCCACAUCAGGGAUUAUUUCCCCAUUACAAUUCUGAAGACUAAGGACCUGUCACCUUCACAGAACUACAUCAUGGGGGUCCACCCCCAUGGUCUCCUGACCUUCGGUGCCUUCUGCAACUUCUGCACUGAGGCCACAGGCUUUUCGAAGACCUUCCCAGGCAUCACUCCUCACUUGGCCACACUGUCCUGGUUCUUCAAGAUCCCCCUUAUUAGGGACUACAUCAUGGCCAAAGGCGUGUGUUCUGUGAGCCAGGCAUCCAUCGACUACCUGCUGAGCCAUGGCACUGGAAACCUCGUGGGCAUUGUUGUGGGAGGAGUGGGAGAGGCCCUCCAGAGUGUGCCUAACACCACCACCCUCAUCCUCAAGAAGCGCAAGGGGUUUGUGCGCACAGCCCUCCGACAUGGGGCUCAUCUGGUCCCGACCUUCACAUUUGGAGAAACGGAGGUAUAUGACCAGGUACUGUUCCAUGAGGAUAGCCGGAUGUUCAAGUUCCAAAGCCUCUUUCGCCGAAUCUUCGGUUUCUAUUGUUGUGUCUUCUAUGGACAAGGCUUCCAUCAAGACCGCAAGGGACUCCUCCCGUACCACAGACCCAUUGUCACUGUAGUUGGGGAGGCUUUGCCACUGCCCCAGGUUAAAAACCCAAGCCCAGAGCUAGUGGACAAAUACCAUGCACUCUACAUGGAUGCCCUGUACACGCUGUUUGAGCAGCACAAGGUCCAGUAUGGCUGCUCCAACACCCAGAAGCUGAUGUUCUUGUGA